GAAGCAAAUCAAGCAAUAUUAGUUAAUUUGAAAUACCCGGCGCAACAAACGCAGCUGCAUGUGGUUGCUCUCUUACUCCACCUUAUUUGGCCGCCUAAAUGGGGAAUUGCUUGAUGAGAAGCAAUAGCAGGGUUUCUGCACAAGAUCAUGAGAAGCAUGAUGAGCCAGCCGAGAAGGAAGCAGAAGUGAUACAGCAGACAGUUACUCCAAUGUCGUCGGAGAAGAAGAAGAAGAAGACGGUGAGGUUUAAUUUACAAGAAGAUGAAGAUGAUGGUGGUAGAGGAAUAAAGACUGGUUCGCAUGAUGAGUCUAAAAGUGGAGCUGUGAGGAUUAGACUGGUGGUGACUCAAGAAGAGUUGAAACAAUUACUGGAUUACAAGAAUGAUUCGAUUUCAAACCGCUCUUCGGUGGAGCAAUUGUUAAGUUCAUUGAAAUCAAGAUCAGGGAGGAGGGUUUCCACGGAUCAAAAUGGAGCAAGUACAAGUAAUAAUCAAAGUUGGAGACCAGUUUUAGAGAGUAUUUCAGAGGACCAAUGUUGAUGAUUUUGUCUCUCAUUCUCUACUAAUUGUAAAAAUUAGUGUUGAUUAUAUUUGUUGUGGCUACGGUUAGUAUGUUAGUAUGAGUAUGACAAUAUCAUAAUUGUUUUACUUUCAAUUUUUAGUUAGAAUUAACCUCGGGAUGGAAAACUGUUCACUUGAUUCAUUUGUUCGCUCUGCAACUAAAUCAAAUAAAUGUCGAUAGAAAAUCUGAUAUCGACUUGGCAUAGCAAUCACAUAUAUUUGAUGCAAAUUAUUAUCAACAGGUUUUCCAGACGUUUUAAUAAUGCAUAUUGUGAACAUGAGCGUCUAAAUUCAUCCAUCUUGCAUGCUAGCAAUAUACUAUGAAGGUGUGACCAGAGUUGAUAAUAUUUGUAACGUGAAUUCAAUUUCCAACCUUCACCGCACUUCAUUGGAAACAAUAUUUGUUCCACCCAAAAAAAUAUCAAACUGCAGAUAUCAUCUUAUUUGGUUUUUUGUUUUUUCUCUAACAUGUUCGUUUCCAAGAUAUUGGAG